GCGCGGCUCCUGCAGUUGACAGGCGCGCAAGAGCGGGACGGGUUGGGGCGGCUGCCGCGCUGGCCCGUGAGGACGUUGGUUCAUGUCUUCGGACUGGUUUAAGAGGCGGUUCUUGAGCAGCAGGAGCACGGCGAGCCCGAGGAGAGGCGCCCCUCGGCAGCAGCACUUGCUAGAAGGGAAAGGGGAGUUCCAGCCGUCGCCGUCUUCUCUGCUGUACAGGCGCCCCAGAUUCCUGCGUGCAGCUGCUUGCGUCGAGGAGAGGCAGCCUGGCAGGCGACCCGUCUACUCCUCGUCCCGGGACAGGCCUCUCCAGUGGGACACCGGCUAUGCAGAAACCAUCAAUGCAGAAAAAUCAGAAUUCAAUGAAGACCAAGCAACAUGCUGUCAUAUCUCCAUCAGGAAGAGGGAAGAUGGGAAAGAGGAGGAUCAGGAAUGGCUGAUUUUAUGCUCUGCUGAGUAUCUGACUGGCUACUACUGGGCAUUGUUUGACGGUCAUGGUGGCCCAGAAGCAGCAAUUAUGGCCUCCAACUACCUGCACUAUUGCAUCAAGCAGAAAUUAGAGGAUGUGAUAGAAGGCAUAACUGAAAACCGUCCCCCAAUGCAUCUCAGUGGACAGAGUAUAUGCCAAAGUGAUCCACAGUUUGUAGAAGAAAAGCAAAUCCGGCAGGAAGAUCUGGUGACUGGAGCAUUGGAGAAUGCCUUCUUGGAAUGUGAUGAGGUGAUUGGACUGGAAAUGGAAAGAGCCAACCAAUCAGGAGGCUGCACUGCACUAGUUGCACUUUAUCUGCAGGGAAAGCUCUACGUGGCAAAUGCAGGCGACAGCAGAGCACUCCUUGUUCAAAGACAAAGCAUUGCUCCUAUGAGUACAGAGUUCACCCCUGAGUCAGAGAGGCAGAGAAUUCAGCAUCUGGCUUUCAUUUACCCAAAGCUGCUAGCAGAUGAAUUCACACGGCUAGAGUUUCCAAGGAGAUUGAAAGGAGAUGAUGUGGGCCAGAAGGUCUUGUACAGGGAUUACUCCAUGGAAGGCUGGGGAUACAAGACAGUAGUGAAAGAUGACCUCAAGUACCCCCUCAUCCAUGGACAUGGCAAACAGGCUCGCUUGCUUGGCACUCUGGCUGUGUCUCGAGGCCUUGGGGAUCAUAAGUUGAAAGUAAUUGACACGGAUGUUGAAGUCAAGCCUUUCCUCUCCUGCAUUCCAAAGGUGAAAAUCUUGGACUUAACCGCACAAAAUAUUAAUGAAGAUGAUGUACUUAUCAUGGCAACUGAUGGCCUUUGGGAUGUCAUGUCCAAUGAAGAGGUGGCCCAGACUGUCAGGAAUUUUUUCCAAUACAAUGCAACUGACCCAAACAGGUUUGGAGAACUGGCAAAGUGCCUGGUGCAGAAAGCAAGAGGGAAGAAAGAUGGAUAUUAUUGGACUAUGGAGAAUAACAUUCCUGCUUCCUAUGAUGAUAUAUCUGUGUUUGUACUUCCACUGUACAAUAUAGCAAAAUCCUUUUAUUGCUGAGACAUCUGCAGUCUGGAUAUUACUGCUGUUACUGCAACCAUGUGCAGAAGUUUACAUACAGCUGAAGACUUUUACCUCUUCAUCCUCUGAAAGCAACAUCAGAAAAGAGCAGUAUCCAGUACUUUAGAGCAGCUACAGACCUAAAAUGACAUACUGACCUAAAAUGGCAUAAUCUCACAGAUACAAGUAGUCUACUGUUAAAUGAAUUGCAUAAAAGGCAGGGCAUGGUGAUGUCUUGUAAGCAGUAGAUCAGUAUUUAAGUGGAACAAGGCUUUCUUCUGGACAAGCUUUUGCUGUAUCUAAUAUCAAUGGAAGGGCACACAUUCCUUUAAUUGUACGUGGCACAAUCUAUUUUAGUCUAAAUAUUGGGAUUAACAUUUUAAUAUUAACUCAUGGUUAAUAAAAUAUGUGCUAUAUCUUAGCUGAAUUCCAGACAGCAUGCCAAUAAACUAAAAGUAAAAUGACAAUAGAUUCUAGAUAGUGUCCUUUACAAAGACACUUUGACAUUUUGUUUAAAGUUGGACAGUUCUAAUUUAGAGGAAACUUGUAGAGUUAUGAAAACCGAUAUAAUUUUGUAAUGUUACUACCUUGGCUGACCUUGUUGAGCAAGUGUAGUAGGAUGCUUAUAUUGAUAUUUGUACUUUUGUAAAUAUUUUAUCUUUGUACUUUGUAAUACAUGUAUAAUUUGUUUGCAUAUUCAGUUGUGUCUUAUGUCUGGUCACAUUUACUAUAGAAAGUCAGCAAGUUUACUAAGAUUACUACUGUGACUUAAAAUAAAUAUUUUUAUUGAAGAGAAA